AUGAAAUACAAUCAAAUUUACAUUUCCAAUUUCAACCACCAUGAACACAACCUCAACCACAAUUACACCCAAAUCCCCUUCAAAUGCAAUGGUUGCAAAGAAGCUGGAAUAGGAUCCAACUAUACAUGCACCACAUGUAACCACAACUUACACAUCCAUUGUGCUCUCCCUUCCCCUUCAAUCUCCCACCCUUUUUACACCAAAUGCACAUUCCAAUUCCUCCCCACCCCACCAGGCUCACUACCCCGCUACUGUAACGCCUGUGAAAAAGACAUCUUAGGGUUUGUCUACCACUGCCACGCGUGCGGAUUUGACCUACAUCCAUGUUGUGCAAAGCUUCCAACAAUCUUGGAUGAUGGUGAGGUUAAGCUCUACUUGUGCCGGAAAGUGAGGUCAUCCUGCCACCGGUGUGGCGGCAGAGGGCGGAGCUGGAGCUAUAGGUCGGUAUGCAAGAAGUAUAACUUGCAUGUGGCGUGUGCAAAGGAGAUGUUGAUGGAGAGUUGGCAUGACAUAUGUUAUGGUGAGGUUUAUAUGUAUGGGGAAAAUUGGAAUGUGGAGAUAAAAAUUCCUAGUUUGAAGGGGACACUUAUGAAGAAUUAUCAUAAGAAAACUAAAGGGAGAAUGAAGAAAUGUUGUAAGAUAGCUGGUUUAGCUUUGCAAUUUGUGAUAUCAGCUGUUCUUGGUGAUCCGACUACUUUAAUCGCUGGUGUUGUUGGUGCUUUAAUGUCAGAUUAG